GUGUGCCGUUGUCUGUCUCGUCUCUCAGAUCCCCUGUUUUAAAUCGGAACGCGACGCCACAAUCCCGCACUGCGCCGCCGCCACCGCCACCGCUCUGCCCUGUCCGCUGCUCGCCGCUCUCUUGCCCGCUCCCUUUCCCAACGUUAUUAACCCACGCAAUCGGACCGGCGCACACGACGCCGCCCUCCCAUCUCUCGAAUCCCACCGUGCUCAGCGCGAUGGACGGCUCAUCCAAGCGGAUCGACGGUGGCGGCGCCGACAAGCCCAGCCCCGACAACGACCAGAACCAGAACGCUAGCCCCAACGUACCGGCGGCGUCCGCCGCCGGAGACGACGGCGCCUCGGUCGCUGCUGCGGCGGCGGCGGCUGCCGCGCCGCCCGCCGACGGGAGGCGGCCGUUCACCAGCCUCAGCCAAGAGGAGGCCGACCUCGCCCUCGCCCGCGUUCUCCAGGAGCAGGAGCGGGCGUACAUGAUGCUGACCGGCGGCGAGUACGCGAUCUCGGACGCCGGGAGCUACGACUACGACGAGGAGGAGGGGGAAGAUGACGACGAUGGGAGCGACUACGAGGAGGAAGGGGAGGCGCUCGACGAGGACGAGCAGGUUGGGGACGCGGAAGCGGAGGGGGCCGAGGGGGACCAGGACCUGGACCUUGACCCUGCGCAGUACGAGGACGACGAGGCCUUCGCGCGCGCCCUGCAGGACGCCGAGGAGCGCGACGUCGCCGACAGGCUCAUGGCGCUCGUUGGGAUCGGUGAUUGGCGAGCCAUGGAGCAGGAUGAUGCUGGGGACCACGAGGAGGACGAAGAUGAUGGGGUUCAUACACAGGAUGCAUGGGAAGAUGUUGAUCCAGACGAAUACUCUUAUGAGGAGCUAAUUGCAUUGGGUGAAGUUGUCGGUACAGAAAGCAAAGGCCUUGCUGCUGAUACUAUUGCUUCAUUACCUUCGGUAACUUACCAUGCACAAGACAAGCAAGAUGGCAACAUGGAACAAUGUGUUAUUUGUCGUGUGGAGUUUGACGAAGGCGAGUCAUUAGUUGCACUUCCUUGCAAACAUCCUUAUCAUUCUGAGUGCAUAAACCAGUGGCUGCAGUUAAACAAGGUAUGCCCGAUGUGCAGUGCUGAAGUUUCCACCUCUGCGAACAAUGUGAACAAGCAGGCAUGACUAUUCAGUUGGAAGAAAAUAGCGGCGGCUUGAUUUAUCUGCCAUUGCUGAAAUGAAAGUAGUGCCAACUGUUGAAUUGUUCUGAUAAGCAAGGGAAAUGGAUGGGUCUGUUUCCCUGUUUUCUUUAGUUCAACAGGCUUAGUCCCCCCUGUACCUGCUGCUAAUUUUAUGGCCCUGCCGCUGGUUAUUUAUGCAUUCCAUUAGACUUAUUCAUUCAUGAUUCAUUGCUUGUAGAUGUAAAACAACAAUCAUACCAAUAGCCAGUAGCCAUUGUUUUAAUAUUUGUCUGAUCUUUCCAUGUUCAAAA